UUUUUAACUAAUUUUCACAUAUCAGACCUAACAAAAAAAUUAAGUAAGCACAUACACAUACACAUAUAUCUCUGUGUUACCAGAAAAAGGUAGUAUACCAAUGUUGGAAAAAAGCUUCUGUUACUGCUACUGUGAUUGCUCUUCUUGUGCUGCUAUUACAAUUGGUACACAAAAUUUAUUCACCACACCCUGAUCCUGUUUGCAGACAAAAAUUUACAUACACACACGCAAAAAAAAUCGAAUGCCAAAUAAAAUUUAAGUAAAAUAAAUAUACAUAUAUGUGUAUAUGUAUAUAUAUUCCACAAAGAAAAAAUUAGCCUAAAUGUUGACUUAAUACUUGCCUCUUUCAUACACUUUCACAACUAUGAUGCAGGUUGUGUAAAUAGAAAAAAUUUAUACUAAAAAUAAAGACACAAUCUAAAUUUUUGUUCUGUAAUGCCGUGCUGUCAUAAUAACACACUAAAACCAUAACAAAACAAUUAUAACAAUAAUAAUAAAAACAACCAGAACAUCGCAGUUUACAACAUCACAGUUAUUAAGACAAAUUAUUCUAAACAAUAGAGCAACUUGAAAACGACUAACUACAAAGGAAACUAGGGUAAAAACUACUAAAUCUACUGAAUCAUAUUUAAUUAAGACGCACAAAUUAUAUAUUCCUAAGUGAAGCUGAAACAUGGGCACCGGUCAUUAUUUUUGGGUGAUUUUUUACUUUGCCAGUUUAUGUAGUGCGUCACUAGCUAAUAAUGCCAAAAUAAAUUUCCGAGAAAAGGAGAAAAAAGUCUUAGAUCAAAUUUUAGGUGCAGGAAAAUAUGAUGCACGUAUACGUCCAUCCGGAAUUAAUGGAACGGAAAAUUUGCCUACCUAUGUCUAUGUCAACAUGUUUCUACGGUCAAUAUCAAAAAUCGACGAUUAUAAAAUGGAAUACAGUGUGCAGUUGACAUUUCGUGAGCAAUGGACAGAUGAGCGUUUGAAAUUUGAUGACAUACAAGGACGUCUUAAAUAUUUAACACUAACUGAAGCAAAUCGUGUAUGGAUGCCUGAUUUGUUCUUCUCAAAUGAGAAAGAGGGUCAUUUUCAUAAUAUAAUUAUGCCAAACGUCUAUAUACGUAUCUUUCCUAAUGGCUCAGUUCUAUACAGUAUACGUAUAUCGUUGACGCUGGCAUGCCCAAUGAACUUAAAACUAUAUCCUUUGGAUAGGCAAAUCUGUUCAUUACGUAUGGCAAGUUAUGGUUGGACUACAAAUGAUCUUGUCUUCCUAUGGAAAGAGGGUGACCCUGUGCAAGUGGUUAAAAACUUACACCUACCUCGCUUCACCCUGGAAAAAUUCUUGACUGAUUACUGUAAUAGUAAAACUAAUACUGGUGAAUACAGUUGCCUCAAAGUCGAUCUACUAUUCAAGCGAGAAUUCUCAUAUUACUUAAUACAAAUUUAUAUUCCAUGCUGUAUGUUGGUCAUUGUCUCAUGGGUGUCAUUCUGGCUUGACCAAGGCGCUGUACCAGCUCGUGUGUCAUUGGGUGUAACUACACUUCUAACAAUGGCAACACAAACAUCCGGCAUAAACGCUUCACUGCCGCCAGUUUCCUAUACAAAAGCCAUCGAUGUAUGGACUGGCGUGUGUUUGACGUUCGUAUUCGGCGCAUUGCUUGAGUUUGCAUUGGUCAAUUAUGCCUCCCGUUCAGGUUUGAAUAAACCUAACAUGCAUAAGGAAAAUAUGAAAAAGAAACGUCGUGACCUGGAGCAGGCGAGCUUAGAUGCUGCUUCAGAUCUGCUCGAUACAGAUAGCAAUGCUACAUUUGCAAUGAAGCCGCUGGUACGUCAUCCAGGUGAUCCAUUAGCUUUAGAGAAGCUGCGUCAGUGUGAGGUGCACAUGCAACCGCCCAAACGUCCAAACUGCUGUAAGACGUGGCUGUCAAAAUUCCCAACAAGACAAUGUUCUAGAUCGAAGCGUAUCGAUGUUAUAUCGCGAAUUACAUUUCCAUUGGUUUUUGCGCUCUUCAAUCUGGUUUAUUGGAGCACUUAUCUCUUCAGGGACGAGGAGGAUGAGACCUUUUAAAGGACGUCUUUCUUAUUGUUAUUUGAGUUUAAAAAACUUAAGGCUAUGUAGAAUCCAAAUAAAUAAGGAUGCUGUUAAAAUUAACAUUGCAUGGAAUAUUAACACAAUGUUAACAUUUAAUACAAACACAAGACAACAAUAUUAAUAUUAAUAUUAAUAAUAAAAUUUAAAGGCAUAGAUGGAAUUCGAAGAGGUGUGUGCGCUACUCAUAUUAAAUCAAAUCAAAUCAAUUCUGAUGAACAUAUAAAUUAUAUAGGA